GAGACUGCCUGGGUCAAGGCCUUCAAAGAGUCGUUGAAGGAGUUCAAGGACUGGUGCGCGGAGAACUGCAAGAUGGGUGUCAUCUGGAACGUCAAGGGACAGGCAGCGCUGGACUAUUUCACCGCCCACCCUUUAGGAGCAGCUCCUUCAGGUGCUGCCCCAAAGGCCAGCAAAGGCAAGGGCAAAGGGCCGCCUCCACCCAAGGGCGGCUUCGUUGGAAUGCCGGAAGAGGUGAAGGCCAAAUUAAAGGCUGAGACGGCACCGAAAGCGGCUCCUGCUGCUGGAGGCAUAUCAGCUGUCUUCAAUGUGGGGACACCUAGAGAAUCUCCUGCAGCAGCUUCUUGA